AAAUAAUAUGAGAAAAAUGUUGGGAUCAUAAAAAUCCCAAUCAAGCAAGAAAUUUGUAUUUUGGAUCCUCAUAGUUCACCGAAGGAAACAUGAAAUCUUAAGCGCGAGGUUAUCGGUUAUAGAGGCACAAACCCUAUGGUUCCAAUAACUACACUGAAUAUGACCGUUGCUCCAACGGUCGCUUCUCCGCCCUUAAACCCAAUUCUCCCGCCAAGAAGGGAAAGUCCAAAAACUCCCGUUAAUAUCCUGCUUCGAAAUCCUUGUCUUCAUGCUGAAGUUCUUCAUGCUCACCUCAUCAAGUCUGGCUUACUCUCCUGCACAUCCGUCUCCAAUACUCUCAUUCAGAGGUACUCGGAGUCCAGGAGCAUAUCUCAUGCCCAGAAGGUGUUUGAUGAUAUGCCCCAAAGAAAUCUUGUUUCUUGGACCACUCUUAUUUCUGGCAAUGCCAGGCUGGGAAAGUUUAGAGUAACUCUUGAAACCUUUGUAAGCUUGCUUGACGAUGGAUUUCUUCCUAAUGAGUUCGCCUUUGGAAGCACCCUUCGAUCCUGCUCGGAGUCAGGUCUCAUUUCAAUGUACUCAAAAAAUGAUGAGUUUGACACUGCCAUUGAGAUCUUAGAAAGGAUGGAGGAGAAAGAUGUGUUUUCAUGGACAACAAUGAUAGUUGGGUUCUCUAAAAGAAAUAAGUCUUUUGAGGCCAUCAGUGUCUUUGCUCGAAUGCUUGAAGAGGGCAUGAUGGCUGGAGAGUUUGCUCUUACCAGCAUUUUGAAGGCGUGUGCAUCUGUGCUGGGCUUCAGAGAGGGCUCUCAAGUUCAUGGCUAUGCUAUAAAAACAAGCUUAGCGAAUGAUUCAUCAGUUAGAGCUUCAAUCAUGGACUUCUAUGUGAAAAUUGGAGAUACAUUUAGCGCACGGCUAGUUUAUGACCGAUCUCCAUAUUAUGAUUUGGUUAUGUGCACAGUGAUGAUAGGUGCCUAUGCUCAGAAUGGCAACACGGAGCUUGCAAUCGAGAUGUUUCACCAGAUGAUCAGAGAAUUUAAAAUCUUACCCAAUGAAUUUACUCUUGCAACUCUAUUAGCUUCCACGGCACAAACUGGCGAUGUUAUUUUGGGGACUAAUUUACAUGCUUUAGCCUUAAAAACAGGAUAUGCCGCAUUCAUCCAUGUCGAGGGCGCGCUUAUAGACAUGUAUGCUAAGAAUGGAAAGAUUGAGGAUGCAUAUACAGUCUUCAAUAACAUGGAAACAAAGGACGGUGUUUCUUGCUCAUCACUGCUUGCUGGAUUCUCUUCCAAUGGCUUAGAUCAAGAAGCUAUAGAGUUCUUUUGCAAUCUUCACAAAUCUUCUGUAAAGCCAGAUCCUUUUGCAGUAGCUAGUGCCAUGACUUCAUGUGCCAAGCUUGGUGAUCAACUCCAAGGCAGGCAAAUACAUGCUCAAAUCAUCAGAAAUGGGCAUGAAUCUGAUACAUGCAUAGCAAGCACACUGAUCGACAUGUAUGCAAAAAGUGGCACAAUUGAGGAUUCAUCUAAGGUUUUUGACAACUUACUGACGAAGGAUCGAAUAGCUUGGACAGCCAUUAUUGAUGGUUAUGCACAACAUGGGCUAGGAAGAAAAGCCUUGGAAUCUUUCAGUAAGAUGAUAGAGGAGGGUAUCAAUCCAAAUGCAGUGACUUUUGUGAGUUUACUGAAUGCUUGCAGUCAUUCAGGUUUGAUUGAGGAUGGUAUCUUUUUAUUUGAAGUUAUGAAAUCGGUAUACAUGAUUGAACCAGUGAUCCAUCACUAUACAUGUAUGGUCGACUUGUUGGGUCGUGCCGGUCGUCUCGAAGAAGCCUUAGAGUUUAUAAAGACUAUGCCAAUAGAACCCAAUCAUCUCAUAUGGAGAACAUUUCUGGGUGCUUGCAGAAACCACAAUAAUAUGAAAUUGGGGACGCAGGCAUCAAAGUGCCUGCUUGAAUUGGAUCCAGAUGAUGAUGCAACCUAUGUGUUACUUGCCAACUUGUAUUCUUCUAAUGGUCAAUGGAAUGAAGCUUUUGAAACAAGGAAUGCGAUGAAACUGAGGAGAGUUACAAAGUCGCCGGGCUUAAGUUGGGUUAUGGUACAGAAUAAUUUCCAUUUCUUUGGAGCUAAAGAUAAUUGUCACCCUGAGAAGGAUCUCAUAUAUAAUGUGCUGUGCGAUUUGAUGCUCAACAUGAAGGAAGCUGGUCAUGUGGAAGAAACAAAUUUUAUUGUGUAAUGCAAGUAAAAAAAAAGGAGGAGAAGUUGUUAGUUUUACUAAGAGGCAAGGUGCUCUUGAAAGGUUUCAAAUGGAAAACAUGUUCAACGCACAAAUCUUGAAUCAUUUAUAAGAAAAAAAAUUUAUAGAA